AUUGCCACGUAGCAUGAUAUAAGAUAUUAAAAAGAGAAAAAAAAAAAAAACAUAAAGCAAGAACGCACCUAACAAUCAACUCCAAACUCGGAAAUCAAAGCAGCGACUAGUUUCAGUUAAGGGUUUGAAGGUUUUGGGCAUGAGAGUGCUGAACGCUGAUCUUUUCGAUCCGCGAACGACUAUGGACUCGGACUUCUCACCCGGCGAAGCUUUCGGAUCUGGUUGCGCUGACUCGGACUUCGGGUUUGCUUUUAACGACAGUAAUUUCUCCGAUCGGGUCUUGAGGAUCGAGAUCAUGCCUGAUUUGCCCGAGACUAAAUCCGACGGUGACGGGUGCUCCACGAUCGCUGAUUGGGCCCGUAAUAGAAAGAGACGGAGGGAGGAUUUCAAGAAAGAAGCUGUUUUGACGCAUGCAGAUGUUGUCGGGCAACGUGAGGAGCAAAUCUUGAAUUGUAACAUGCCAGACACGGUGGAUGGUGUAACGUAUGAAAAUCAAGAUGAGGAGGACGUGGCAAUGAUUGAAGAGUCACCUUAUGAUGUUGGAUUGAACUCCAAUCAAAUUGGGAAUGAUAACACACGUAGCAAUGAUUCAUCUUGGAAUAUGGAUUGUUCAACUGUUCUAAGAGUCAAGACCAUACAUAUUAGUUCUCCAAUUUUAGCAGCAAAAAGUCCCUUUUUUUAUAAGUUGUUUUCAAAUGGAAUGAGGGAGUCAGAGCAGCGACGUGUAACACUUCGGAUACAUGCCUCUGAAGAAACAGCUCUCCUGGACCUCCUUAAUUUUAUGUAUACCAACACCCUAUCAACAACCACACCUACUGCCUUGCUAGAUGUGCUGAUGGCUGCUGACAAAUUCGAGGUUGCAUCAUGCAUGAGAUAUUGUAGUCGAUUGUUACGGAACCUGCCUAUGACCUGUGAAUCUGCCUUACUAUAUUUGGACCUUCCUUCUAGUGUUUUAAUGGCAGAUGCUGUUCAGCCACUGACGGAUGCAGCAAAGCAGUUUCUUGCUGCAAGAUACAAGGAUGUAACCAAGUUCCAGGUGGAGGUACUGAACUUGCCUCUUGCUGGUAUAGAGGCAGUAUUUUCCAGUGAUGAUCUCCAGGUAGCUUCAGAAGAUGCUGUUUAUGACUUUGUGCUGAAGUGGGCUCGAACUCAUUACCCAAAACUGGAGGAACGACGUGAAGUUCUUGCUACACGCCUUGGUCGCCUAGUUCGUUUUCCAUAUAUGACUUGCAGAAAGCUGAAAAAAGUUUUAAUCUGCAAUGACUUUGAUCCAGAACUUGCAUCCAAGGUUGUGCUUGAAGCUCUCUUUUUCAAGGCUGAGACACCAUACCGACAGCGUGCUCUUGCAUCAGAGGAGGCCAAUGUCACUUAUCGUCGCUUUGUGGAACGGGCUUACAAGUAUCGUCCAGUCAAGGUUGUAGAGUUUGAACUGCCAAGACAGCAGUGUCUUGUGUACCUGGACCUGAAGCGUGAGGAGUGUGCACAACUGUUUCCAGCUGGUAGGGUUUAUUCACAGGCGUUUCAUCUUGGUGGGCAAGGGUUUUUCUUGUCAGCUCAUUGCAACAUGGACCAGCAAAGCUCAUUCCACUGCUUUGGGCUAUUUUUGGGAAUGCAAGAGAAGGGAUCUGUUACUUUUGCUGUUGACUAUGAGUUUGCAGCUAGGUCAAAGCCAACUGAGGAUUAUGUGAGUAAGUAUAAAGGAAAUUACACUUUCACAGGAGGAAAGGCUGUUGGUUAUCGUAACCUGUUUGGUACACCCUGGACAGCAUUCAUGGCCGAUGAUAGCAUCUACUUUAUAAAUGGCAUCCUCCAUCUCAGGGCUGAACUCACCAUUAGACAACGAGUUUGUGAGAGCUAGGCUUUUCUAGUAUUUGUAUGGUCCCAGAUCACUAGAUCAGUUUUCUGGUUCCGAUCCUUCUGCUUUUUAUCCUGUGUAAAUUCCUUUUGAAUCAUUGGAAAAUUUUGAAUAAUUUUAUGUCAUGCAUAUUAUUAUUGUGUUUAUAUGCAUAAACUGUUUGGCAAUCAAUUUGCACCUACUGUUAAGCUUUCACUA